UGCACUAAAACAUCAGGAAAGUUUGUGAUUAAUUUUCAGGUCCAUUAUUGCUAUUCAAGAAAGACAAUUUACCGAUUUUGCGACUCUUAUCACCGUUCAGUAUUUUACAAAGGGGUAUUCAUUACAGAGCUGUAAAAGGGUCACCAAAUUAGUUUGCAGCCCUGUGCAAGUGUUCAGCCUGAACCCCAAAUUCGGACCUUUAGCCGUGCAUUCGCAGGAAGAUAUUCCCGGCUGCUGUGAGAGGAGCACUGAGCUGAGACUGGCAAUCAGGGCUCUGCGUGGGCUGAGUUUUAUCAGCUCCAGCUCUGCCUUGUGGAAAGGUCAAGGGUGUUUGCUCUUUCUGCCUGUGCUAGCCUGUCCUUAUAGUGUUUCUCGGCCUUGAUCCCAUGUGCUGGAGGUGAGUGUUUGUCCAGUCUGUGGGGGUUUAAGUGCAGUUCUUCUCUCUGGUGAAGUUGAAACAAACAUCUACUUUCUGAGCAUCAGGGAAUGAAAUAUUUUUGAAGGAAACAAGAACUCUGAAAUCAUGGCGGGGAAACCCAAGCUGCACUACACCAAGGGAAGGGGGAAGAUGGAGUCAAUCCGAUGGCUGUUAGCAGCAGCUGGGGUUGAGUUUGAGGAAGAAUUCAUAGAGACAAAAGAAGACUUAGAAAAAUUGCGCAAUGAUGGAGUCCUGCUGUUUCAGCAGGUGCCCAUGGUGGAGAUGGAUGGCAUGAGGAUGGUGCAGACCAGAGCCAUCCUCAGCUACAUUGCAGCAAAGUACAACCUCUAUGGGAAGGACCUGAAGGAGAGAGCCUGGAUUGAUAUGUACGUGGAGGGAACUACAGACCUAAUGGGAAUGAUCAUGUAUCUCCCUUUUCAACCAGCUGAUACAAAAGAAAAGAAUCUUGCCUUAAUCAUUGAACGAGCUACAACCAGGUACUUCCCUGUUUAUGAAAAGGCCUUAAAAGAUCAUGGACAGGAUUAUCUUGUUGGCAACAAAUUAAGCUGGGCAGAUGUCCAUCUGUUGGAAGCCAUUUUAAUGGUAGAAGAGUGUAAGCCUGAUGCACUGUCUGCAUUCCCUCUGCUGCAGGCUUUUAAAGGAAGAAUCAGCAACAUUCCAACAAUCAAAAAAUUCUUACAGCCUGGCAGCCAGAGGAAGCCACCAACAGAUGAGAAGUUUGUUGCUGUUGUGAGGAAAAUAUUCAAUAUCUAAUCUAAUGAAGAUAACCCAACUGUAGUAUAUUACCAGAGCUUGCUUUGUAAGAGUAAAUUGCAUAGCUGUGCUCUGUAACUUGCAUCAUAUGGCCAGUAUUGAAACAAAUCACUGGUAAAUGAGAGUAAAAGGCUAAUUUGUACCUGCUGAUUCCAGAAAGAAUUUAACAAAGCAGUUAUAUGAAAUAAAAUAUGCUGACACUU